AUGGCCAACGGGAAAAUGGCAACAACCAAUUGGUUCCAAAAGAAGAUCACCGAUCCCCUGAUCUCCAUUAUCCGCAGAGGAGCUGAACCAAACCAGUUGGCUUUUUCUGCUGCUCUUGGUAUUACAUUGGGAGUGUUUCCUAUAUGUGGUGUCACUGUAUUCCUCUGUGGGGUGGCUAUUGCAUUCCUUGGACCAUUUUGCCAUGCUCCAACUGUGAUGCUAGCAAACUUCAUUGCUACUCCAAUAGAGUUGAGUUUGGUUGUACCCUUUCUACGCUUUGGUGAAGUUAUCACUGGUGGAUCUCAUUUCCCUUUAACAUCUGAUGCUUUAAAGAAAGUCUUUACUGGACAAGCUUCACAUGAAGUCUUAUUAAGUGUUGCCCAUGCGAUACUAGGGUGGUUGGCUGCUUCACCAAUUAUUUUGGGAAUUCUAUACAUAGUAUUUUUACCAUGCUUCAAAAUUCUGGUCCGUAAAUUCUCAAGUGUUCCUUCAAGUCCGAAGAAGCCCCUCCAUUCACACCCAGAUAUAAAGCUGAAGGAACUUUGUUCACUCGAACGAGAACCCUUCUUGAUGCAGACGAAGCUUAUGGAUUAA